GGCAAAACGAGGAGGAUUCUUUAUUAAUAUCAUAUGAUAACUAAGUAAAAAAAUAUGUUGAUAUGAUUGUUCAAGUAAUAUAUGUUUUAAGCUUUUAUUUAUGCCUUUGUCAUUCUGAUAGUAUUGUCCUAGAUAUCUCUAAAGAUGUUGAUUUUGACAGAUUCCACAUCGAAAAAAAAUCGAAUAGUAAGGUAACGACACAUAAAUAUUAUAGCAAGGAUGAUUUCAAAAUCGCAAAAGUUGUUGACGGUGAAUGUGUGAUAUGGGACGGUGGUGUCAAAGGUGAAGUGUGUGUAUCUGUUACAGAGCACUUGAUAGAUAAUUCUUCAUUAAAUUUGCAUAUUAAAGUUUUAGGUUUAAACAAAGAAAAUAGUGAUUUUUACUACGAAAAAAGAGGUAAAACAUGGGCUCAAACUGACCUCAAAAAGUCAGAAUCAUAUUACCAUCUGAAUCAAUUUUUGGAAGUAAAAUUGGUAAAGUUUGAUUUAAAUUCAAAACCUGAUAGAGAAUUGUUUAAGGUGGAAAGAACAAACAAAAACGGCAUUAUAAAAAGAGUUUUGUCACCCAAAAUUGGAGUUAAAGUAACCAGUGUCGAAAACAAAAAUGAGAAAUUUUGGGAAAAGAAUGAGAAUACAAGUUUUUUCCAAAUAUCUAUCUCAUACAUAGGAAACGAAGCAAUUUUAGCUGAAUUAAUUCUACAAAAGAAUAAAGGGUUAGAAUACAGGUAUUUUGAAAAUAAAAAUGAACAUUGGGUUGAAAUACCACCCAAGUCAUACGUUGAAAAAUCAAAAGGAAAUGAUCUCCAUUUCCCACAUUAUGACAUAAAUAAUUUAGAUUUAACCAAGUUUAGUGUAAAAGAAUAUGAAGUUUUAGGUAUCAAUACUAUUGUUUACACACCCAUCAGAGGUACCACAAUAUUAAAUAUAGUGGAAGGUAAUAUUCCAAUAUGGGCAACAAAGGGCGGAAAUUGUGUCGAUAAAAUAUGGCUUUAUUCUAGAGGUGGAAAGUACCUCACCACGAUUUUACGGGUCAUAGAUUCUAACGAAAGACAAAGGUUAAUCAAUUACAAAAGACUUGAUGGUGAAUGGAAGUUAGUUGUAAGUGAAGAAUUGUAG